AUGAUAGUCAGAGAUUUAGGCUCUCAUGAUGAUCCAGAAGCCGGACCACUUCCGGUAGUUGAUCCACCCAGUCUGGCCGAUGAAGUGCGGGAUAAGAAUCCCACGGUGGCACUAGAUCAAGUGGAUGAGAAAUAUUGCACUACCAAACUGGAAAUCUGGGCCUAUUACGCUUACUACGCUGGAAACAAUGAACUGUCUCUAUUCAAUUUCGCUCCAACGGCUUUCCAAAAUCUUCUCUACCAAGCUGCCGGAGGCAGCAACACUCUAUCCUUCGCCGGAAGUCCGCGAUCAAUCAACGGCAUCGUGCUGCUAUGCAAUGGAAUCUCAUUUGCCGUCCAAAUCGUGGUUUUCCUAGUCAUCGGCAGCUUCCCUGAUUUCGGGAACUGGAGGCCUAAUAUCCUCAUCGUGCUCUCUAUCGUCGCUUAUGCCCUUGGAUUCGCCUGGUUGGGUAUCCACACGGGAGAUAAAUGGCAUAUAGGUGCUGGGCUAUACAUAACUGGCCUAAUCGCCUAUCAGAAUACAUUGACUUUCUGGUCCGCUGCGUCCCCAGGGCUUGCGCGAAACACGCCUGAGAUGAAAUAUCAUGCUGAUGAUCUUGCCUCCUGGAAUAUUUCUCGUGAAGAGUAUGAUUUCGCUGAUACGAUGAAGAGGAGAGAGGGGGUGGUCGCGCUUGCUUCCUCCCAGCCGGCAGAAAUUUUCUACUUCUAUCAGGCCUAUAAGGUGGAACUUGCGACCAAACCUUAUAAAGAGAGAAAUAUUGCGAAGAAGUGCACGACUGAGACAAGUGGAUGCACUUUCAGACAGUUUCUUGAUUACAUCGUGGAUGCACGCUCAAGAACGGCAAUCGACCGUAACCCCACAUGGGGGGAUAUGAUCGACACGGUCGACGACAAAGACUUCCCGACCAUCUCCCGUCCUUUGAGGGACGCACGCUUCGAAGUCCAGUACGAUCUAUCCAAGCUAAUCGAGGACACGUCAAAGAUAGCUUCGUUUGCUCCGACCUGUGUCGUGGACGAAAGAACGAAAAUCGCGACCGCACUUACGAUCCUCAAGGAGCACCGUGUUGCCGAUAACAUGAGGUACUUCAUCCGCGAGCUUGAGUCGCAGCUUGGUCUUACGCUGGAGCGGCGAUCUGCAACCACGUUGGAUGGAUUGGCCUGGACGGCAUACAACACGGAUGCGACCAAACAAAGAAUGUUGGACUCGGCGGACGCUAUCAUCGACCCGGACGAGAAACAAAAAGCCAAAGCGAAGGACAAAUCACUGCCAUCACAAAUUCAAAAGUUGGUCACCAAGAUGCGGUCAUCCUCGUAUAUGACAACGGACGUGUUCUUCAAGGAACACCAGGCAGUGAUUGCACGGGCGAGUAGGACACUCAAGAAGAUCGGUGGAAAGAAACUAUGUUCAUAA